AUGGAUGCUGUCAACGUUUUGUCGAAGCAGGCCACCUACGACGAUUACUUCCUCCUCCCUCUCGUUAUCCUGGGAUCCCUCUUCGUCUUCAACGGAGGGAGCAUCCUCCCCAAGACCGACCCGUAUUACCAAAAAUGGUUUUGGAAGCCCCAAGAGUCUACGGGCGGCAAUGUCACUCUCACAAAACGGACCAUAAAUAUCGCAGAGAAGAUUCAAGAACUCGGAUCUGACCUGGUUAUUUUCUGGGGUUCCCAAUCUGGCACGGCCGAAGGCUUCACCCAACGUCUCGCCCGCGAAUUCCACCAACGCUUCAAGCUAAAUGCUCUUGUAACGGAUCUGUCAGACUAUGACGCUGAGACCAUCCCUCUCAUACCGGAGUCGAAGCUUUGCAUUUUCAUUAUGUCCACCUACGGAGAAGGUGAUCCCAGCGACAACGCUCAGGACUUUGUCAGUUGGACCUCCAGAAUGACCGGCGUUUCUCUGGAACACCUGAAGUACGCAGCCUUUGGAUGUGGUAACAGCAACUAUCGAUUCUACAACAAAGUCAUUGACGACGUUGUGACGGCCCUCGCAAGCUUCCGAGCCACGGCAAUUCUGCCCACUGGCAAGGGCAACGAAGCCACCAGAACAACUGAGGAAGACUUCAUGGACUGGAAAGAGAGCCUCUUCAAAACGCUUGUGAAUGACUUUGCCUACAAGGAGUACGAUGUCGAGUACGAGCCCAGCGUCGAUGUCAUCGUCGAUAACGUGGACGAUCAUGUCGGGAAGCCUUUCUACAGAGCAAUAUCGAAGAAGGCCACAUCCCUCCACUCUGAGAUUGCUGCACUGCCUGUCAGAGCCAAACGUGAGCUUGCGCGACACGAUGGCCAAGGACAUAGCCUAAUCGAUCUGGAGGUGGACUUGUCGAGUCACCUUGAGAUCAAGUACAAGACUGGAGACCACAUCGCCAUCUGGCCUGUCAACCCGAUUGAUGAGGUCGAGUCCUUGCUUGAGCUUCUGGGCUUGGACUCCAGAAGAAACGGGUCAAUUCAGGUGGUCAGCAAGGCCACCGAGGAAGAGCCCAAAGUACCAAGCCCAACCACAAUUCAGGCACUCUGCCAGCAUUACCUUGAGAUUUGCGCAGCUGUUCCACGAGAGGCAGUCCUAUCCCUGGCCCAAUUUGCGUCUACCGAUAAGGUCAAGACCGAACUCAAGACAAUUGGCCAUGACAGAGAGACUUACGCAGCCUUCCUGGAACAAAACCAUCUUACUCUCGCCCGGCUUCUCAAGCAUACCCUUACCGUUGAUCCGUCAGCCACGUGGACAAACCUGCCCUUGUCAUUCAUGAUCGACUUCUUACCAGCGAUGCAGCCACGUCUGUACUCUAUCUCAAGUUCUAGGAUCACCUCGCCUCGUCACGUCAGUCUCACUGUCUCGGUCAAACCUUCCCAGUUGGCAGCCAAGCCAGAUGUCACUAUCGCGGGCCUUGCAAGCACAUAUCUAUCUCGCCUUCAGCCAAACAGGCCCGGGUCUCCCGAGACAGCUUUAACCAACAUGUCUCAAGUUCAUGCACAGAUCUGUGGAUCAUCCUUCAAGCUUCCUAUCCUCCCUUCUGUGCCACUGGUGAUGGUCGCCGCCGGCACCGGCAUAGCACCAUUCCGAGCUUUUGUACAGGAAUGCGCCCGGCUUGCAUCUGUUGGCAAGGAGAUUGGAACAAUGGUCUUGUUCUUUGGAUGCCAAAAUGAGUCAGAUUAUCUUUUCAAAGACGAGCUUGCUGAAUUGAUGGACGGUGCCCUGGCUGGAAAGCUCGAGGUCAUUACAGCAUUUUCACGGGUGAACAGCCAGAAGACCUACGUGCAACACCGGCUUCGGGAGCGAAGCCGGGAUCUUGGUCGCUUGUUGCUGGAUGAGGAUGCUGCAUUUUAUAUUUGUGGUGCCGCGAACAUGGCCAAGGCCGCCGGCAACGUCGUGAGAGAGACAGUUAAGGUGACCCAAGAAUGGGAAGAUGAUCAAGUCGAAAGCUGGAGACAGGAAAGGAAGAGGUCAAAGAGAUGGUUUGAGGAUGUGUGGAGUUGA